CUGGGCUGUGCCUGCCUUGCAAUUCUCUCUCCGACCAGCAGCGAGCAGCAGCUUGACGCGUGUGAGAGGAGACGAGCGUGAGACGCGCGCACAGAAUCAGCCACACACAGGCUGGUAGCGCGCGCAUACACACAUCGAGGGGAGGGGAAGGGCUCGGGCUCCAGAGGCUUGGCAUGUUCCUGUGUGCACGCGAAGCAGCCAGCCAGCCCAGGAGCGGGAGGGCGAGCCCCUGCCGCCACUAGGCGCCUCAUUCAUUCCCUCGCCUCGCUCCUCAUGCCGGCUCCCGUUCUUUCGCAGCCCGUCGCCUGGGACUCCAACCUGUUUGUGGCGGCCACUCUUGGGCCGCCAGCAGCCUGUGGCUUCUUCUCCGGCUUCUUCCCUUCGCGCAGCGUCUGAUGGGCUUGCCUCUCGGGAGACGUGUCGGAGGUAGACAUUGACUGAGUGGCAGCCCCGCCGUCGCCCCUGCGCGGUCCAGGACCUCCUACCCACCCAUCCCCGCCCCACUAACACACCCACCGGAGGGAUUUACUUUGUCGAGAGGAGCCCGGGGGCUGACACGUCGGAGAGGAAAAUGUACAUAGACCAAGAGGCGGCCAAAGGGGCACCAUCCCGUGAUGUCCUUCUGGUCUCAGCCAUCAUCACCAUCAGCCUUAGUGUUACCAUAGUCCUGUGUGGGAUCUGCCAGUGGUGUCAGCGCAAAUUGGGUAAACGUUAUAAAAACUCCUUGGAGACGGUGGGGACUCCAGAUUCCAGUCGAGGUCGCAGUGAAAAGAAAGCCAUUAAUGGCUCGUUGCUGUCAGGUGCAAAGUUGGCCGCAUCGGCCACCACGGGGUUGGCAGGGGAGCGAGAAGGACGCCAUGGGGAGAGGCAGCAGCUCCGAGAGGACGGCAUGAAGAGCAGCGUGUCUGCCCAGAGCGAGCCCAGCAUUGGGAAGGCGGGGAGAGGCCGAUGGCAAACGGUGCAGAGCCACCUAGCAGCAGGGAAGCUCAGCCUAUCCAAUUUUGAGGAUUCCACCAUGUCCACAGCCACUACCCUUGAGUAUAUCCCCACCUCAGCAGGAGACCCGAAAUGCCAGCGCCCGCGAACCCUGAUGCGCCAGCAGAGCCUCCAACAGCCACUCAGCCAGCACCAGAAACCUAAUCACAACCAGCCCACCACCAGCCAAAGUCUGGGUCACCUGCAGUCCCAUGUCAGCUCCUCCACCACUGGCAACCCCCGGGGCUGUCGGAGUGGGCAGUCACGGCAAGGGAUCUCUGCUGGCUCCAAGAACAGGACCGCUGGUGGCCGUAGCCGCUCCAACCCUGGCAGCUGGGACCACAUGGUGGGGCAGAUUCGGAACCGAGGCUUGGAUAUGAAGUCUUUCCUGGAAGGCCGUAUGGUGGUGUUAUCUCUUGUUUUGGGACUCUCAGAACAGGACGACUUUGCCAAUAUACCUGAUCUACAAACCGCUGGGAACCAGCAGAACCAGAACUCUCAGGGGGACAAGAGGUUACCCUCUGGUGGCAAGGUUGUGAACACAGCGCCUGUGCCAGGGCAGACGCAGCACGAGGAGGCCGACCACAAAACAGAGCCUCGCUCAUCUGUCUCGGACCUUGUGAACUCCCUGACCAGUGAGAUGCUGAUGCUCUCUCCAGGGUCCGAGGAUGAUGAGGGACAUGACAGCUCCAGCCGGGAGAACCUAGGCCGGAUCCAGUUCAGCGUCGGCUACAAUUUCCAGGAAUCCACCCUGACUGUCAAAAUCUUGAAAGCUCAGGAGCUGCCAGCCAAGGAUUUCAGUGGCACAAGUGACCCUUUUGUCAAAAUUUACCUCCUGCCUGAUAAAAAGCAUAAACUGGAGACAAAGGUGAAAAGGAAGAACUUAAACCCACAUUGGAAUGAGACCUUUCUCUUUGAAGGUUUCCCAUAUGAGAAAGUGGUACAGAGAGUGCUCUAUCUACAGGUUCUGGAUUAUGAUCGAUUCAGCCGUAAUGAUCCCAUUGGGGAAGUCAAUGUUCCCCUCAACAAGGUGGACUUGACCCAGAUGCAGACAUUCUGGAAAGACCUAAAGCCCUGCAGUGAUGGGAGUGGAAGCCGAGGAGAGCUGCUCCUGUCCCUUUGUUACAACCCUUCUGCUAACUCCAUCGCUGUGAAUAUUAUCAAAGCUCGGAAUCUUAAAGCCAUGGACAUUGGGGGAACGUCAGACCCCUAUGUGAAGGUAUGGCUGAUGUACAAAGACAAGCGAGUGGAAAAGAAAAAGACAGUCGUGAUGAAGCGUUGUCUGAACCCUGUCUUCAACGAGUCCUUCAUGUUUGACAUCCCCACAGAGAAGCUGAGAGAGACCACCAUUAUCAUCACCGUUAUGGAUAAGGAUAAGCUCAGCCGGAAUGAUGUCAUCGGCAAGAUCUACCUGUCGUGGAAGAGUGGCCCGGGUGAGGUGAAGCACUGGAAGGAUAUGAUUUCACAUCCCCGGCAGGCUGUGGCACAGUGGCACCAGCUGAAGGCCUGAGAAGCAGAGGCCGAAGACUCUCUCUGGGUUUCAGUGCACCAAGUCAACGUUUAUUGGCCACACUCUCACUACUUUAUGCACAACGCCUACAGCCAGGUCUCCCCCAGGGGGAAAGCUCGGGAAUGACCACAGGCUAAGGGAGUGGACCUGGAACAUGUACCCAACUCUGGGAAAGUGGAGUCGAUGCCCAACGUGCUGCUUCAGCACACGGCACGAUCAGGAGCAUCGUUACUCCCCAACCUCCUGCUUUAGCCUUUCCUUCAAACUCUUUGUGUAGAAAGAACCAAUGAGACAGAGAGCGAGAGAGACCAGAGCAGACCAGCCCUCCAGUUGAAAAUGGCCUCAGCACUGAUUUGUUUGGGUUGGCAGUGUAGCGAUGGCAUUGGCAUGAGGGGAAGAGUGGGGUCUGCUACCGCCAUACUAGACUUCCUAGGAGUUCUUCCAGCCAAAGGCCCAUUGGGAUGGCACCCUACUCCGCCAUGAGAAAGCCAGCCCCCACCGGUGGCUGCACUGGUGACCUAAGAGGGGGAGUGGCCAGGAGGUCACAUGCUUUGUUUCAAUGAGGUUGUUUCUUUUUAAUUCAAUAAAACUUGUAAGAGUAAUAAGAAUACUAUAAAUAAU